AUGUCAGCACACAAGAUUGAACAGAGUUUUGAGUGUCGUAUCUGCAAGAAAACAUUCACACAACGAAAAAGUCUCAAACGUCACUGGAGAUUACAUUCAAGAGAUGGAUUUUUGUUGUGCAACACUUGUGGCAGAGAAAUUAGGCAGUCACAAGGACAAGGACAUGCUAAUGCGAUACUGAGUGGUGAUCAUUUUGAGUGUGAUAAAUGCAACCAACAGUUCCCUGAUAUUCAAAGUUUAAAUCAGCACAAGGCCAAAGAACAUGGUAUAUUCUACCAAUGUGAUGUAUGUAAGGAAUUGGAAGCAAGAGAAGCAACUGGUAUUGGUUAUAUAUGUUGUGUCUGCGAUGCCGAGUUUGAAAUUGCCACUGAACUUGAAGAUCAUAUGAGUAUGCAUGACAAUAUGCUGCUCCAGGCAAGAUAA